GGAGGGCGGAGUAGGGAGGGGAGGGCUGGGAGGGCGGGGGGAGUGUGGGAGCGGGGUCACGUGACUCAGCAUGGAGGCGGUGGCGGCGGCAGCGGCGGUGGCAGCGGCUGGGCUGGCGACGGUAUCGGCGGCGGCCGGGAGGAGCCGCCGGGCCAGGAGCCGCACUUGUUAGUGUGUGCGUGUGUGGGUGCGCCUCGGAGGGGCGGAAGGACGGGGGACGAGGACACCGUCACCCGGGACGACGACGAGGAGAAAGUGGGGACGGGGGGCGCUAUCAGGCUCCGACCCCCGGCCGAGGGGAUGAAGGGAGUAUGGGCGCCAAGGAGUCACGGAUCGGAUUCCUCAGCUACGAGGAGGCGCUGAGGAGAGUCACAGAUGUAGAGCUGAAGCGACUGAAAGAUGCCUUCAAGAGGACUUGUGGACUCUCAUGUUACAUGGGCCAACAGUGCUUCAUUAGGGAAGUCCUUGGGGAUGGAGUUCCACCAAAAGUUGCAGAGGUGAUCUACUGUUCAUUUGGUGGAACAUCCAAAGGGCUACAUUUCAAUAAUUUGAUAGUAGGACUUGUCCUUCUUACAAGAGGCAGAGAUGAAGAGAAAGCAAAAUACAUUUUUAGUCUUUUUUCAAAUGAAUCUGGGAGUUAUGUUGUACGGGAAGAAAUGGAAAGGAUGCUCCAUGUCGUGGAUGGAAAGGUCCCAGAUACUCUUAGGAGGUGCUUUUCAGAGGGUGAAAAAGUCAACUAUGAGAAGUUUAGAAACUGGCUACUACAAAACAAAGAUGCUUUCACUUUUUCCCGAUGGCUGCUGUCUGGGGGUGUUUAUGUUACUCUCACUGAUGAUAGUGAUACCCCUACUUUCUACCAAACUCUGGCUGGAGUCACACAUUUGGAAGAAUCAGACAUCAUUGAUCUUGAGAAACGCUAUUGGCUGCUGAAGGCUCAAUCCCGGACUGGUCGUUUUGAUUUAGAGACAUUUGGCCCUUUGGUUUCGCCACCCAUUCAUCCAUCUCUGAGUGAAGGUUUGUUUAAUGCCUUUGAUGAAAAUCGUGACAAUCACAUAGACUUUAAAGAGAUAUCCUGUGGAUUGUCUGCAUGUUGCAGGGGACCUCUGGCUGAAAGACAAAAAUUUUGUUUUAAGGUGUUUGAUGUUGACCGUGAUGGAGUCCUUUCACGAGUUGAACUGAGAGACAUGGUUGUUGCACUUUUAGAGGUCUGGAAGGACAACCGCACCGAUGAUAUCCCUGAACUGCACAUGAAUUUGUCAGACAUUGUAGAAGGCAUAUUGAAUGCACACGACACCACAAAGAAGGGGCAUCUUACUCUAGAGGACUAUCAGAUCUGGAGUGUGAAGAAUGUUCUUGCCAAUGAAUUUUUAAAUCUCCUUUUUCAGGUGUGCCAUAUAGUCCUGGGUUUAAGACCUGCUACUCCAGAAGAAGAAGGACAGAUCAUUAGGGGUUGGUUAGAAAGAGAGAGCAGGUACGGCCUGCAGCCAGGACACAACUGGUUUAUCAUCUCCAUGCAGUGGUGGCAGCAAUGGAAAGAAUAUGUCAAAUAUGAUUCUCACCCUGUUGUGAUUGAGCCUGCUUCUGUUCUGAAUGGAGGGAAAAAUUCACUCAGUUCAGCAGUACAUCACAUGGAGCAGGGGGAUGAAAGAAUAGGAGGAGGUCUCAAUUAUAUGAGUCCCACAGAAGAAAAGUUGUCAGACAAUAUUUCUACUGCAUCGGAAGCCUCAGAGACUGCUGGCAACAGCUUUCUGUAUUCCAGUACCCCAGGAGCUGAUAUGUGUUUUGCUAGACAACAUAACACUUCAGACAACAACAAUCAGUGUUUACUUGGAUCCAAUGGGAACAUCUUACUACAACUCAAUCCACAGAAACCAGGGGCUAUUGAUAACCAGCCUUUAGUAACUCAAGAACCAGUGAAGGCUACAUCUCUAACACUAGAAGGAGGACGAUUGAAACGAGCUCCACAACUGAUCCAUGGCAGAGAUUAUGAAAUGGUCCCAGAACCUGUAUGGAGAGCACUUUAUCAUUGGUAUGGAGCCAAUCUGGCCCUUCCUAGACCAGUGAUCAAGAAUAGCAAAACGGACCUCCCAGAGCUAGAGUUGUUUCCUCGUUAUCUUCUUUUCCUGAGACAGCAACCUGCCACCCGGACACAGCAGUCUAACAUCUGGGUGAAUAUGGGUAUGAUGAGCCUGAGAAUGUUUCCUCAACAUUUACCUAGAGGGAAUGUGCCUUCUCCAAAUGCUCCUUUAAAGCGGGUAUUAGCCUACACAGGCUGUUUUAGUAGGAUGCAAACCAUCAAGGAAAUUCAUGAGUAUCUGUCUCAGAGGUUGCGCAUCAAAGAGGAAGACAUGCGCCUGUGGUUAUACAACAGUGAGAACUACCUUACUCUUCUGGAUGAUGAGGAUCAUAUGUUAGAAUAUCUGAAAAUUCAGGAUGAACAGCACUUAGUUAUUGAAGUUCGGAACAAAGAUAUGAGCUGGCCAGAAGAGAUGUCAUUUAUAGCAAAUAGUAGUAAGAUAGACAGACACAAGGUUCCCACAGAGAAAGGAGCCACUGGAUUAAGUAACUUGGGAAAUACAUGCUUUAUGAACUCCAGCAUCCAGUGCGUCAGUAACACACAGCCACUAACUCAGUAUUUCAUCUCAGGGAGACAUCUUUAUGAACUCAACAGGACCAACCCCAUUGGAAUGAAGGGUCACAUGGCCAAAUGUUAUGGGGACUUAGUACAGGAACUGUGGAGUGGAACACAAAAGAAUGUUGCCCCCUUGAAGCUUCGGUGGACAAUAGCAAAAUAUGCUCCCAGGUUUAAUGGUUUCCAGCAGCAAGACUCCCAGGAACUUCUGGCUUUUCUCUUGGAUGGUCUUCAUGAAGAUCUCAACCGAGUUCAUGAGAAACCAUAUGUAGAACUGAAGGACAGUGAUGGUCGUCCAGACUGGGAAGUAGCUGCAGAGGCCUGGGAUAAUCAUCUGAGAAGGAAUCGAUCGAUUGUCGUGGAUUUAUUCCAUGGGCAGCUAAGAUCCCAAGUCAGAUGUAAAACAUGUGGGCAUAUAAGUGUCCGAUUUGACCCUUUCAAUUUUUUGUCUUUACCGCUACCUAUGGAUAGUUAUAUGCACUUAGAAAUAACAGUUAUCAAGUUAGAUGGUACUACUCCUGUUCGAUAUGGGCUAAGGCUGAACAUGGAUGAAAAGUACACAGGACUGAAAAAGCAACUGAGUGACCUCUGUGGACUUAAACCAGAACAGAUUCUUCUUGCAGAAGUACAUGGUUCUAACAUAAAGAACUUUCCUCAGGACAACCAAAAGGUACGACUCUCAGUGAGUGGAUUUUUGUGUGCAUUUGAGAUUCCCACCCCUGGAUCCCCCACCUCAGCUUCAAGUCCAGUACAGACAGAUUUCUCUGGCCCGUCUACAAAUGGAGCGCUGAAUAUAUCCACCAAUGGGGAUCUGCUUCGACCAACUCUCAUUCCCAAUGGAAUGCCAAACACUGUUGUGCCAUGUGGAAUUGAGAAGAACUUCGCAAAUGGAAUGUUGAAUGGCCAUGUGACAUCAUUUCCUGACAGUCCAUUCAUAGGUUACAUCAUUGCAAUCCACAGGAAAAUGAUGAGAACAGAGCUCUACUUUCUGUCAUCUCAGAAGAAUCGUCCCAGCCUCUUUGGCAUGCCUUUGAUUGUUCCAUGUACUGUGCAUACACGGAAGAAAGACCUCUAUGAUGCAGUUUGGAUUCAGGUAUCCCGACUAGCCAGCCCACUUCCUCCUCAGGAAGCCAGUAACCAUGCCCAGGAUUGUGAUGACAGCAUGGGGUAUCAGUAUCCAUUCACACUAAGAGUUGUGCAGAAGGAUGGAAACUCCUGUGCUUGGUGUCCAUGGUACAGAUUUUGCCGAGGCUGUAAAAUUGAUUGUGCUGAAGACAGAGCUUUCAUUGGAAAUGCUUAUAUUGCUGUGGAUUGGGACCCAACAGCUCUUCACCUUCGCUACCAAACAUCACAGGAACGAAUUGUGGAAGAGCAUGAGAGUGUAGAGCAGAGCCGGAGAGCACAAGCAGAGCCCAUCAACCUGGACAACUGUCUGUGUGCCUUCACCAAUGAGGAGGAGUUGGGAGAGAAUGAGAUGUAUUACUGUUCCAAGUGCAAAACCCAUUGCUUGGCCACCAAAAAGCUGGAUCUUUGGAGACUCCCCCCAAUUUUGAUAAUUCACCUAAAACGAUUUCAGUUUGUGAAUGGUCGAUGGAUAAAGUCGCAGAAAAUUGUUAAAUUUCCUCGUGAAAGUUUUGACCCCAGUGCUUUUCUUGUACCGAGAGAUCCUGCUCUGUGCCAACGAAAACUACUCACACCCCAAGGGGAUGACCUUUCUGAACCCCGGAUUCUACAGGGAGAAGUAAAGAAAGUGGAUCCCCAGAAUACAUGGGCCACUGGGGAGGGGGAUAUGCUGAGCAAGAGCCCAUCCUCGCUCAGUGGGAACAUCAUCAGUAAUACAAAAGGUUCUCCAUCUUUAGCAAGAAAAAGUGGAACCAGUUGUCCCUCAAGCAAAAAUAGCAGCCCAAACAGCAGCCCACGGACUUUAGGAAGGAGCAAAGGGCGGCUCCGGCUGCCCCAAAUUGGCAGCAAAAACAAACUCUCAAGUAGCAAAGAGAACUUGGAUGCCAGUAGAGAGAAUGGCACUGACCAGACUUUUGAGCUAGCAGAUGCCAUGAGUAGGGGGCAUGUGCUAGGUGGCAGUCAACCUGAGCUAUUCACUCUUCAAGAUCACGAGGCCACCUUGGCCAAUGGAUUCCUUUAUGAGCAUGAUUCCUAUAACAAUGGCUGCAGCAAUGGUCAUAUGGAAAACCACAGUGAGGAAGACAGCAUGGAUGACCAAAGAGAAGAUGUCUAUGUCAAACCUAUUUACAACUUAUAUGCAAUUUCAUGCCAUUCAGGAAUUAUGGGUGGGGGCCAUUAUGUCACUUAUGCCAAAAACCCAAACAACAAGUGGUACUGCUACAAUGACAGCAGCUGCAAGGAACUCCACCCAGAUGAAAUUGACACUGACUCUGCCUACAUUCUUUUCUAUGAGCAACAGGGGAUGGACUAUGCACAAUUUCUGCCAAAGAUCGAUGGCAAAAAGAUGGCAGACACAAGCAGCAUGGAUGAAGACUUUGAGUCCGAUUACAAAAAGUACUGUGUGUUACAGUAAACCCAUGGUUCUUCCGGUCAGGCAAGGGACAUCAGAAAACAACUCCUUGCAGCUAACAUUUGUCAAAAGCAUCACUGAAGUGGGCAGGCUAAAUGUAGUUAUUUUAUCCUGUGACCCUGAAGCACAAAAUGAAAAGCCUAAUUAAAUAGCUGUUAACAUAAUGAUAAGAUUGUUUUUGUUUGGGAAUAUCUCACUACAGGCUCUCACAAGUUCUCUGAUGGGGAGUGACAAAGCCUGCCAUUGUCUGGUAAACAAAAUGGUUUGGCGUGCCAGCCAAUUAGGACCAAGUAAGAGCUAGUCUGUAGUGUAGAGUCUACUGGUUAUCCUAACAAAAUACGAAAGGUCUCCUUAGAAUAAGAAUAAAACAAAAACCUUGUAGUGUUGUCUGGAGACGACAUGAUUUGCUACCUCCUUUUUCCUGAAGUUUUAUUCCAUUAUAUUGGCAAGAUGUGGAAAGAACGAUCAUGAAAAGGUAUAUAUGUGACUCUGGCAUGGACCCUUUUUUUAGACCAUCUUGCCACUAUUUUUAUGUCUAUCUUGCUUUUUUGUUUUGUUUUUGUAUUUCGAACACAACUAAAUCAUUGGUGGCAGAAACGUGUGAUGAUCUGCCCAGAAAGGGUUUCCUCUCAGUUGUGUAACCUCCAGCCCGUGGCUUGGUGGCUUUUGGGCAGCUGUGUGUAGGAAGAGGCAUCUGAGGAAUGGUUGUCCAGGCAGAGGCACUUUGGUUUAGGGUACACCAACAUGCAUCUAUUUCUUGGCGGCUGAUGCUGGGGGAUGUUUGCGAUUUUUCACCAUGUAUCAAAACGUAUUGCACAGAAGGUUCCUGGGAGGAAAGUUGCAUCAAGAGCUAGGUUGUGUUUUGUGAUUGAUGUUUUUUUAAUUUUGCACUUUAAAAAAACCCCGUAACUCAUACAGCUUAUUGUUCAAAAAGCCUCGUAUUUGGUGGCUCUAAAGUAACUAGAAGAGUAUUUUUGUUCCCUACUAUGAAAUUUAAAAACAACACAAUACCGAAACAUGGAUAGAUUCUAGAUAGUUCUCAUGAAAUUGGUGAAUAUAUUUUUUAUCAUUCAGCACUUGGAAUAGAAUAAAUCAUCUAUUGGUUUGCAUUAUUUCAUUUAUAAAGUAAAGAAUUGCUGUCCCUAUUUUGGCCUUUGUAAAUUUUUAGGGCUAUUUUAUAUUUACUAGUCAUAACAUUUUGUGACUCCCUUGGUCUUCAUUGUUUCUCUAAUUAGUCAGGACUGGAAGAAAGGCAUAUUCAUUAUUUAUUUGAGACAGCAUUUUAACAUUUUUCCAGUGUUGAUGUUUUUAAAUAUAUUUGAAGUAAAUGUUUUAUUUUUUUCAGCCUUCCUUUGUUUGACUUAAUCCUGACAUGUUGACUGUCCAUUAAUCACCACACUACCAAAUUCCAUCACCCUUCCUUAGAGGUGGGAAGCGAUUAUUGAUAGGAUCCACAUUUGUGUUCUGAUUUCUGAGACUGGUUAAUGUGCAGUUUCCCUUUCAUGCAUUUUGCAGCAUUAUCUUAAUCUGCCUGCAAUCUUUUUUCCAAUAAGGAUUGAAAAAACUGUCAUUUCACAUGGAAAGGAUAAUCUUACCAAUUCAGGGUGAAAUUUUAUUUUAAUAAGGUGACAUAAGUAAACAGCAGGAUUUAGGAGGCUGGUGAAAUAAAACAAAAUGCAGACUUUCUUGUUUCAGAACUUUCAGUACACAAAAAUUUUGUCUAUUCCUACUUGGACAAGCUCCAUGAAAAAGUAAAAAGAUUUUUCAAUAAUUUCCUUACCAAUGUUUUAUUUAAGCAGGUAGCACAAUCUACUAAUGUUAUUUGAUCUGUGUUUGUUAUAUUGGUUGUAAUUAUUUUUUAAUUAAAUUAAUUCAUGAAUUAGCAGAAAUUUUAUUAAAUUAACUAUUAAUAUUAAUUACAUUCACUUUGUAAAUUACUGUAUAAAACUUAUUGACAAUGCACUGACUUUAGAAAGAUGUCAAUGUAUAUAAACACAGUGUAAAUAAAAUAGUGUUGAUGGUAUUGAAAUAUGAACUGUAUAAAAAAGCAUCAGUAAUUGUAUAUGGAGUGAACCUGUUUAUCUGUAACUAUUAUUACAACAAAUUAAAUACUGUGGAUGCA